AUGUUCUUCGCCGGCUACUUCAUCCGCUCAACAACCCCCCUCCUCACCAAACCCCUCUUCCCCUUCACCAUCCCCUACAUCUUCUCGCGCCCUCCCCCCCCUUCGUUCCCCUUCAUCCGUUCCCUCCUUGCCGCCAUGAACAACUUCUUCAGAGACGCCUUUACAAUCAUCCAGUUCUUCUGGCCACUCUUCCUCGUCGUCUUCUGCAUCAGCCUAUUCGCCUCCUUCGUCCAGCCGUACAUCUUUGCUUUUCUCUCCUUUGCGUUUCGAAAUUGCGCUUCCUUUUUGCGACGCAUUUUGCUUCCUCUCCGGGCCCUGAUCGCCACGACCAUCAGCCCCAUCAUUAAGAAGCUACCAUCUGACUGGAAUCCGUUUAGCAAGAAGAAGCAGUCAGGUGGUAAAUCACGAUCUGGUGGGAAAAAGUAG